AAAUGAUGCUAUGACGUCAUCAACAGUCUCAGCAAAAAUGAAUUGAUAAGAUUGAUAAGAAAAUGUUGAUCAUUUUCAUAUUUUUUCAUUCAAGAAAAUGGAUCAAUUAAUCGUAAUGAAUUUGGAAAUUUGAUUUAAAAAUGCCCGCAGUUGUACGAGUAGUUUACCUUUGAUAAACAAGUAGUACCCUCAAAUGCGUUCAUUUUCUCUUCACGUUUCAAGUUAUUGCUUUGUUGAAAAAGUGUCUUUGUGACAUUUUGUAAAGAUCUUGAAGAAUCUCUUAUUCGCUGAGCUGAACGAUAAUUUGUGAGGUUUUAUUGUUGAAGAACCUGAAGACUGUUCCACAAUGACUGGAGAAGUGAUCAAUUUUGGUGCUGGGCCAGCAAAAUUACCCCGAGAGGUAUUACUCGAAGUACAGAAAGAAAUUCUGAAUUGUAAUAAUCAUGGCAUCAGCGUUAUGGAAAUGAGUCAUCGAGCCGCUAAUUACGAAGAUAUUCACAACAAUACGAUAUCGUUAUUUAAAGAGUUAUUGAAUAUUCCCGAUAAUUAUAAAGUAUUAUUCAUGCAUGGAGGAGGAAACGGUUUAUUCUCCGCUAUCCCUUUCAAUUUAAUGACCAGAACUGGCGAAGCUGAUUAUAUAGUCACUGGCACUUGGUCCAAAAUUGCUGCUGAAGAAGCGAAAAAAUAUGGCACAGUGAACCAAGUGUUGACUUUAGAAACAGGAAAAGAGCUUCCGGAUCAGUCGACGUGGAAUUUGAGCCCAAAAGCUUCUUAUUUAUAUUACUGCGCAAAUGAAACAGUUGAAGGUUUCGAGUUUCCUUUCAUACCUGAAAACAUUGAUGUCCCAAUAGUCUGUGAUAUGUCUUCUAAUAUAGCUACGAAAGUUUUCGAUGUCUCGAAGUUCGGUUUAAUAUUUUUUGGAGUCCAAAAAAAUCUAGGACCGGCUGGCGUUGCUACAGUAAUCAUUCGAGAAGACUUAAUUGCUGGCUCGUUACCCCAAUGUCCGAAAAUUUUCGAAUUCGCGAGCAUAGCGAAAAUUAAUUCGUUGCUCAACACUCCUCCGACAUUUGUAAUAUACGUAGUAGGCAAAGUGCUUGAAUACAUCAAACGUAACGGUGGCAUCGCAGAAAUGGAAAAAUUGAGCGCCAUAAAAUCUCAACUAGUGUACGACGUUAUUGACGAUUCCGAAGGAUUUUACACGAAUAACGUGCAUCCGAAAUACCGAAGCAGAAUAAACGUUACUUUUCGCAUAAAAGGAGGGCUCGAUGUGGAGAAAAAAUUCCUCAAGUUGGCCGAAGAACAGCUGAAUAUGAUACAGUUGAAAGGACAUCGGCUUGUCGGUGGCAUUCGAGCAUCUCUUUAUAACGCUAUCACAGUCGAAGAAACAGCCAAACUUGUCGGAUUCAUGCGUUUAUUCCAAUCCGAAUAUAAAUUCGAUGUUACUGAAGAAAAAAAAGAAUAAAUCGAUGAAUGAAACUUUACCAAAAGCCGGAAAUUCGUCAUGAAAAGGCCGUCACGCUUAUAAACGUUUUGUUUCGCGUAAUUCGUAAUUACAAUACUGAAAUCUGUUGCAAUUAUUACAAAAGGUGGUAUGUAAAAUCAAGGAUUUAAUAAUAAAAACGUUAUAGGUAUUUUAUAUAUUAUUAUAUUGUCAAUUUGUAUGAUUGUUUGAUAUUAUCAAAGUAUUUAAUUUUU